GGUCCGGCCCCCUGGCCUCCUCUCCCAGGCUCCUGGUGGCCCCAGACUGAGAGAGAGGAACGCCAAGUGUCCCCAGCCUCGUCCAAGGAGGCUGGAGGGCUGGGGCGCGGCCCCUACAAGAUCUCAACGCACAGGUGGGCCCCGAUGAAGCCUGGGGACUUAGUUCGAGCCUCACGCCUCCCGACACCAUGUGCACUCCCGAAGAGACAUCUCUACUACAAGUGGAAGAAACUUUCUUGGCCUUGCUUGGCCGCAUCAACACCCUUGUCUUUCAACCUCUGCUCCUAGCAGAAGAGCCCUCCAACGUGAAGGACCAGGAGUGCCUGCGGCUGCUGCUUCAGCUCAGCGAGCAAUACCAGCAUCUGUGGGACCUGACCCAGGUCAGCCUCCGAACCCUGAGGCAGAGGCUUAACUCCCCAGCCACCAUUGGCCUGCACACCCUGCACCUCCUUCACAGCUCGGACCUGUUCCUGGAUGCCUACCGGCAGUAUUUUGUGAUAUAUACCAGCUGUGUGGCAGUGCAGACCUUUCAGAAGGCUACCAGGAAGAAGAGUGAGUUUUGGAGGAGCCAGAGGAAGGCAUUGAAGCAGUUCCUGACCAAUGUGACCUUGGAGACUUCGGGGGCGGCCGGCCUGCCUCACGUCCUCUGCCAGCCUCUCACAGAUCACGUGCAGCAGUAUGUCCUUAUCUUGCUGAGACUCGGAGAUGCUGUUGGCGAGCAUCACUCUGCCAGGGAGCUGGCCAUCCAGGCUGCUGACCGCUUCGUGACUCUUCAGUCCUUCAUCAGACGGGCUCUGGAUGAAGCCUCGGCCACCCAGGCUCUGUGGGAGAUGUUGGGCAGCCGACUAGGGGAUGCCCUCUGCACGGCAGACCGGAGACUGCUUCUGGACAGCCAGGAAGUGCCGGCGGUGGCCAGCCCAGUCCGAGCUGACCGAGUCCUCCUUUUCAAUGAUGUUCUUGUUUUACUGCAGGGUCACAGCUUCCAGACCUUUGACCUGAAGCUGGUCUGGGUGGAUGGCAGGCAUAACAAGAAGCAGAUGUCAAACAGGUAUGGGUUCCAUGUCAUCACGCCUGAAGAAGAGUUCUCUCUCUCUGCAAAGGAUGCCCAAGGCAAGGCUUGCUGGCUGUCCAAGGUGAGCCAGGCCAUCUGCCAGGCACUGAGGGGAAAGAGGGACAUUCCUGUGCUGGAACAGGACCAGGACCAGGAGGGGGCCGAACCCCCUGCCUCCCGAUGCUGCCUGUACACUUUUCGAACUGAGGACCGGCUUCGUCUUGCCACCUAUGAUGGCAGUUGGUUCUGGGGGAAGCCUCAUGGAAAGGGUACUUUGAAGUGGCCAGAUGGAAGAAAUCAUGUCGGUGAUUUCCAUCAAGGCUUGGAGCAUGGGUUUGGGAUCCACCUGGUCCCGCAUGGGGCUGAAGACAAGUAUAACUGUUACAAAUGCCAUUGGCGAGAGGGCCAGAUGCAGGGCUAUGGCAUCUGUGAGUAUGCCAAUGAGUCUGUGUAUAAAGGCUACUUCCGAGACAACAUGCGGCAGGGAUUUGGGGUCCUGGAGAGCUCCCCUCAAGCUCCGCAGCCUUUCAAGUUCAUAGGGCACUGGGAUAGGGACAAGAAGGACGGAUAUGGGGUCUUGGAGGACAAAGACAGGGGGGAGCGUUACAUUGGAAUGUGGCAGGCUGACCACCGGCACGGGCAGGGCAUUGUGGUCACUCAGUCUGGCAUCUGUUACCAGAGGACUUUCCAUGUAGAUAAGAUGGUGGGCCCUGGGAUACUCCUGUUGGAAGAUGACUCACUCUAUGAGGGCAGCUUCACAAGAGACCUGGCCUACACAGGGAAGGGCAAAAUCACUUUCCCCAAUGGCUACUUUCUAAAGGCUUCCUUCAGUACUGGGGUCGGUAAGGGCUUCCAUACCCAGGGUGUCCUGGAGACAACUGCUCACCCUCUAGAUCCCAUGCAUACCUGUAAACGCCAGCUGGGGCUAGAGGCCUUUCCUGUGGAGAGCCGAUGGCAAGGCAUCUACCAGCAGUUCCGGGAGUUCAUCCACUCUAACUGUCCAGAGGAUGCUCAAGAGGCUUUCUUGGGCUUUCAUGUCCAGACAGCCAAGGAGCUCCGGAAAUCCCAGGAGUAUCUCUUCUGUGACAGAAGUAACCCGGAUGAAGUUUCAGCAAAGAUCAAGGACGUACUUGCAGAACUGCCAACACACCAGGAUCCAGAGUCACUCCAACUCUACCUACAGAAAGCCCUGAAAUCUUCUGCACACCCUCUGGGGAAGCUGGUGAAGUUGCUGACGCUGGCCUUCCAGGCCACCUACUCGGGCUUCGGGGCCAACAAACACCUGCUGGGCCUGGCGCAGGAGGAGGUCAAACAUCACGCCCAGGAGAUCUGGGCUUUCUAUCAGGGACUGCUGCGAGUAGCCUUGGAGCGGCAGGGUCAGAUUCAGGAGGAGAGGGAAGACACAAGUGAAAGUCACCCUGAGGCCUACAGGCUGGUCCUGCCAAUCAUCCUGCCCUGCUUCUAUCCGGAGCUCUUUAUGCUGUACAUGUUGUACCACGAGAAAGAAGACAACCUCUACAGCCAGGGCAUAGCCGACCUGAGUCUGUUCCCAGACACCAAGCUGCUGGAAUGCCUGGAUGUGCAGAGGCACCUCUGGCCUCUCAAGGACCUCACACUGACAACCAACCAGAGAUACUCCCUGGUUAGAGACAAGUGCUUCCUCUCUGCCACCGAGUGCCUGCAGAAGAUCAUCACUACUGUGGAUCCCCGGGAGAAGCUGGAGAUGCUUGAAAAGACCUAUGUUGAGAUUGAGAACACAGUUUCCCGGGUUCUGGAGAGGGAACAUAAACUUCCUAUGGAUGACCUGCUGCCCUUACUCAUCUAUGUUGUGUCCCGGGCCCGGAUCCAGCACCUGGGAGCAGAAAUCCAUCUGAUCAGGGACAUGAUGGACCCCAUCCACAGAGGAGGACUGUAUGAUUUCCUACUGACAGCCCUGGAGUCCUGUUACGAGCACAUCCAGAAGGAGGACAUGCGGCUUCACCGCUUGGCUGGAGUCCAUAAUCAGAAGGCUCUUUGGUAGCUCAACCCUUCCGGGCAAUGUAUGGCCUGGGCCUGGGCCUGGAUCGGGUCAAAGGCCAAGGAAGGAGAAGCCGGCAGACGUAUCCACACAGGGGGAGGGUAAAGCAAUGUGCAGAGCAUCACUGUGGCUCCAAGAAGCACACUCUGGUCUGUUCUUAUCAUCCCAGAGAAGGAGUUCUGGAUACAAAUGCCCGUUCCUCCUCCUCAGGGUGCUACUCCUCAGGAAAUGGAUCACCCCCUUCUCUGGCUAUCUCACCUUCUUGUGUAGCUUACUCCUGCUAGACUCCCCAGCAGGCAGACAGGCAGGGUCUAGGGUCUUCCACUGGGCUAGGCUUCCCUGGUCCUUGCCUUGGGGAAGAUGUUAAGGGGGAAAUAAUGUUGCACUUUAAAUAUUUUUUGAGUUUUUUAGAAAUAGAAAUCGAACAUUUGCUACAUACACAGUUACUGUGAGAUGCCGUGGAGAAUACUGAAAUGUUUGUGCCGCAGCGUUUCCCUUCGAGGACCUUACACUGUGGAGACAGACAGCCUUAGAGGACUGGGUUCUCUGUGCCCAGGACCAGGACUGAGUGAUCUGGGUGGGAAUAACUGUCUUCAUGUGUCCCACGUGCCCCUGCCCCUCCAGCCUUCUGCUUUUUCCCAAGGAGCCAAGGGAGGGAAAGGUGGAAAGCAGGACCCGAAAAGCAGAACUCCCGUGCCUUUCACUGUGCUCUACAUGAUGCUGUACCUUAGGAGGACCCAGCUAUAAUACAAGGGUGAACACAGGUGACAGAAGAAGGUCUGGGCAGCGACUAUCUGGGAGUUGGCCGUAAAGGACGAGAUCAUGGAGUUCGGAGCGUACACACCAAGCUGUGGGAAUAAUCUUAACAAUGAUUCUCCACCCCAUUUCCAAGCUGUAGCAUUCUCAGCAGCCCUGAUUAUAAGAGCAGCUCUCAUUCGUAUGGGGCCUGUAGGUUGAUAAAGCAGUACGAUCAGCUCCAUUUUACAGAGCUGGGACUUGAACUCGGGUCUCGUUUCCCACACGCAGUCCACUCUCAUCAUCGCUGCUCCACCACAACAGACAAAGAUUCCUGUGAGUCCUGGGGCAGUUCUUCCUGGAGUGACGUGCAGCUGCCUGUCUGACAACACAGGGAGAUCGCCAGGGGAGAAGCAAAGCUGCUGGAGCCUGUGGGGUGAUUCCAGAAGAGAGAGGGUCAGAGGGUGAGCUGACGGGCAGGGGAGGAGCCGCUGCUGCUGCUGACUGCUUUGCUUCCCAGGGCGUCACCAGCAUCGUCUCUGGUGCUGGCGUGUGAUGGCUUUGGGGGAGCUCAUGCAAGAGGUGGGGCUUCCUGGGCGCCUGGGAUGGAGAGAUGCUUUAGAACAGAGGUCAAUAAACAUCUGCUGGAAAA